UUUAAAUUGGGAGUUUCGACCUACGUGAAAAAAAAUUUAAGAAUAUACUUUAUAAGAAUAUCGAGGCUGAGAAAUUGGAUAAAAACUAAAAAUAUCCUAAGAAUAUACCUAGGCUUGACCUUUUGUUUCAGAUAUAAAAAUUUGUGUGACCUGAUUAGAAGUUUAAUUUCUUAUACUGCAUGCUUAUUUUUUUGUUAGCUCAUCUGUCUUUUACAGUUUGUUUAAGUACUUUUCCGCAUUUUUUAAUCAUUACAAUAGUGGUAAUUAUAACACAUGUUCUUUCUGGCUGUGGCGAUGUUAAGAAUAUGUUAAGAAUAUUUGUGGCUGAGAUUUGUCAAAAAGUUAAGAUUACUGAGGUUAAAACGAAACAACACCAUUCUUAUAAAAAAGCGUGUAGAGCAUGGUAAGAUUGAACUCUCUUGAGUUGUCCAGGUCUGUAUCUAUAGUGUCGUGCAGUGUAAUGUGAGCUUAAGUGGUACGUACAAUUUUGUUACUUGAGAUCACUUGAGUAAUCAUUCCAGUGAUUGUUUAGUUAAUAAUUUGACAUCUUAGAAAUAGUUAUAUUUUUUAUACUUUGAACUUAAAUUUUACUGUGUAGUUAUAUUUUCAAUUCAUAAGAGCAGGUUAAUUUGUUACUGGUUUAUUUAUUUUUAUUGUUAUUUAUUUUGUUUGUUUAGUUAUUUUGUUUAUUUGUUUGUUAUUUUCUUAUGAGGAAAAUAAAAUGUUUGGCUUUCUUUAUUUUUGACAUAUUCAAUAUAUUUCAAAUAAUCAUCGCAGCUCCUUUCUUUUUUUUCGAUCAUUGACAACUUUGAAAUAUUCAGGAUAAAGUAUUAAGUGGGUGUCACAUUAACUGACUCAAUUAUUUACAAAAAUAACAGAAACAAAUAAGGAAGUCAAGUGAUAGGAAUUUGUUAGCAGUAUUAACAGCUAGUGUUUAUAUUGUUUUUUUUUUCAAUACGAGUUGUUUAACUUGUUAAGGUUGCCGUGUGCAAAAAUACUGUCUGUUUGCAUCAGCAUAAUGUUGUGUAGUGUAAUAUGAGCUUAAGUGGUACGUACAGUUUUGUUACUUGAGAUCACUUAAGUAAUAAUUCCCGUGAUUGUUUAGUUAAUAGUUUGACAUCUUAAGAUAGUCAUAAAUGAAGUGUGUCUUUAUUUAUGUUUGCCCCAGAUAUGAUACGACUGUAGAAGGUUCGAAGUGGUAAUGUGCAGAAAUCAGGUCCACUUACUAUGACAGCUGAGAUAACAAAUGAUAGAUUUUAGAUAUUUUGAUGACCUUUUUCUUGCAACCUGUGUUGAUUAAGAUGCUUUUGCUAAAACAGAUCGCGAUAAAUAUUUAAAUGUUAAAAUAUUUUGUAUAUUUAGAUUACUAACUUUACAGCAAGUUAUGCAUGUUCUUCAGCUAAGGCGGUUGUUUUUCUCGGUGUUUCUACUUCGCCUAUGUUUGGUGUUAUUUCCUGUUGAAAGUGUAGAAAAACUUUUAAAAGACCCAUGGUACAUCAGUGACAAAGGAGGCAAAGAUGUAGCGAAUUGCGGCAAUAGUGAUCGACCGUGCAAAUCUUUGCGGUAUACCUGGCGUAACUUUUUUCCCCGUAAGAAAGAUAACAGUGAAGUUAUCUUUCUACUUAGUCCGGGAUAUUAUCACUGCAAUGAUAAAAAACAUCAAUGGCUUGAAUGUGGUUAUAAUGGCAUUCUGUAUAUUACUAUCGCUGCUAACAACAGUGGUUCAAAGCCAUCGGAUGUGACCAUUGUUGGGCAUUCAUUUCAUACUCUUUACUGCAACAUCAAAAUAAAAGAUGUGUCGUUUACUGGAAAUUCUAACUUUAGUUUAAGAGACGCAGCGUUUAUUACUAUGAGAAACUGUGUGUUUUUAAACAUGAAACUAUUAUUACACUUCCAAGGAUCUUCUAAUGAAGAAGAAAUUCUAAAUCUUAUCAACGUGAAGAUAAUAAACACAACUUCCUAUCAAGGGCGCAGUUUGAUGGAAGCUUAUAAUAAGACUUACGUGAGCGUUCAAAAUAUGACGAUCGAGUCUAACAAAGGGAGGGGUCACGAAGAAAUCAAGUUUUAUGCUGCGAAAUCGCUGAAUAUUACCAACCUUGUUAUGGCACAUAAUAUCGACUUUGCUUUGCAGUUCUCUAAUAUUAAUGGUACCCUACAGAACAUAACUUUUGUCAAUAACACAAUUUUGGCAAAUCCAAAGAAGCGAAGUCUUAUUAAUUUUAAAUAUUCUCAAAUAUUAUUGAAGGAAUGCAAGUUUUCAUGCAACAGAAAGAAUUUAAUUGAAGUGUAUCCAAGUCCUGUGAAGUAUGAUAACCAGAGUAUCAUAGAAUGCACCAACUGUCGUUCAGUAAAGUGUCCAGUAACUUGUGAUGAAACAGGAUAUGGAAUAUACAAUGGAAUUUUUUGUCAACCAUGUGCCCCUGGUACUGCCGUGCGCCGGAACGAAAGAUACUGCCGAAAAUGCGAAAAAGGAAGUUAUGCUGAUCAACACAAGCAAACCGAGUGUUUUCAAUGCAGAAGAUCUUCGUAUUGUGAUAAGCAAGGGUGAGUUAUUUUAUAUACUCCUGUAAAAAUACUAAAACGUUUACGCUAUUUUACACAUAUUGUUGUUGCAUAAGGUAGAAAUUUCUGAAUAAAGUAUAUCUUCCACUUCAAGAUAGUAAAUUACGUGCAAGUAUUAAAGAUCUUU